CAGCAGCCUCCUCUCCUCCGGCGGAGCUCCGUCUCACAAGGAGGAGGAGGAGCCGCAGCUGCCUCGCCGGAAGUCGGGGUCUGGAGAGGAGGAGGCAAAGCCACGCCCACUUGGCCGCGCGCCGGAAGGGGCGGCGCCCAAGGAGAGCGUAAUUAGAAAUGGCAGAUAACGAAACCGCAGCACUGGUGAUUGACAAUGGCUCUAGAAUGUGCAAGGCAGGAUUUGCAGGAGACGAUGCUCCACAUGUUGUAUUUCCCUCUGUUGUGGGUAGGCCCAAGUGUCAGAGUACCUUGGCAGGUGUGACACAGAAAGACCUCUACGUGGGAGAUGAAGCACAGAGCAAGAGAGGCAUCCUGACCCUGAAGUACCCCAUUGAGUAUGGCAUCGUCACCAACUGGGACAACAUGGAGAAGAUCUGGCACCACACUUUCUACACUGAGUUACGAGUGGCCCCUGAGGACCACCCGGUUUUGCUUACUGAAUUAAUCCUCAACCCAAAGGCCAACCGGGAGAAGAUGACGCAGAUCAUGUUUGAGACAUUCAACAUGCCAGCUAUGUAUGUGGCCAUCCAGCCAGUGCUGUCCCUCUAUGCCUCUGGCCGCACCACUGGGAUUGUCAUGGAUUCUGGGGAAGGGGUUACCCAAACAGUGCCCAUCUAUGAAGGCUAUGCCAUGCCCCAUGCCGCCCUGCGCCUGAAACUGUCUGGCUGUGACCUGACUGACUAUCUCAUGAAGAUCCUGACGGAGAGGGGCUACAGCUUCACCACUAUGGCUGAGAGGGAGAUUGUGAGAGACAUCAAGGAGAAGCUCUGCUAUGUCGCCCUGGAUUUUGAGCAAGAGAUGGCCACUGCCAUCUCCUCCUUGGAGAAGAGCUACGAGCUGCCAGACGGGCAAGUGAUCACCAUUGGCAAAGAGUGUUUCAGGUGCCCCGAGGCCAUCUUCCAGCCCUUGUUUCUGGGCGUGGAGUCAUGCGGCAUCCACGAGACCUUCUUCAACGCCAUCAUGAAAUGUGAUGCACAUAUCCGCAAGGAUUUGUACGCCAACAUGGUGCUGUCAGGUGGGAAUACCAUGUUCCCUAACAUUGCAAAGAGGACGGAGAAGGAGAUGAUGGCUUUGGCCCCAAACACAAUGAAGAUCAAGAUCAUUGCGCCACCAGAGCGCAAGUAUUCUGUGUGGAUUGGGGGCUCCAUCCUGGCUUCUCUCCCCACCUCUCAGAAAUUGUGGAUCACUAAGCAAGAGUAUGAUGAAUUUGGACCAUACUGUAUUCACCAUAAUGUUCUGUGCUGUCCUAAUCCAUGGUUAAAAAAAUAAGACAGCUGUACAACCUUGAAUUAUCAUCUCAUCCUCAAUUGCUUGGAAAGUAAUAGUGGGUCAUGCCUCUGAAUCAGAAAUGGGAAAUUUGUCGUCCUCCAGAUAUUGCUGAAUUUGGAGUUCGCAUAACCAGUAUGGCCAAUAAUGAAGACACAUGAAGUUCAAGGACAUCUGGAGGCCCAGCAAUGGCUCAUC